GGCGGCGGCGCGGGGCGUGUCGGGAAAGCGGCGGGCUGGUGCGAUUCUUGGAGGCGGCGGCGGCGGCGGCAGCUGCGAUAGCGGGAGCCAUGGUGGGUGGCGAGGCCACCUCCGCGGUGGAGAAGCUAGUUUCCGGCGUGCGGCAGGCUGCCGACUUCGCCGAGCAGUUCCGUUCCUACUCGGAGAGCGAGAAGCAAUGGAAAGCGCGCAUGGAGUUCAUCCUGCGCCACCUGCCUGACUACCGAGACCCACCGGACGGCGGCGGUCGCCUGGACCAGCUACUGUCCUUAUCCAUGGUCUGGGCCAACCACCUCUUCCUGGGUUGCAGUUACAAUAAAGACCUUCUGGACAAGGUGAUGGAAAUGGCUGAUGGGAUUGAAGUGGAAGACCUGCCACAGUUUACAAGCAGAAGCGAACUAAUGAAAAAGCAUCAAAGCUAAGGCAGAUUUCCACAUCUCCACCCUGGGGACAGACUUAGGCGGCCUGGGUGAACGUGACUGAGCACUGGCAGCUCUCGAGACUCCUGGAAUUUGCAGCAUAGAGGCAGCUGGAAUGGAAGGGGACGAGGCCCAAGGGCUUCAAAGAAGUCUUCGUUCUUCCAGGACUGCUGUAAAAAUGCAUAUUUAUGUAUUUAUAAAUGUGAACUCUCAGAAAUUUCUUCAGGAUUGUCAAAGCCAAACUUUGUUUAAAAUGCCUUUUAUGUUGAUAUAACAAUGACAGGGGAUAAAUUUUAUAAUUUGAUUUCUUUUUUUAGUGGAGUACCUGUGAAUUUAAUUCUUGUUUUUACCACACCCCCACCCAUUUUUGUCCUGAGGCAAGGCAGAUCCUCUGUGUCCUUAUUUCUACCUGAACCUACUCUGUACUUGAACCUCACUGCUGAUGCCCACCAAAGGACUGUGCACUAACCAGCCAUGUCACUGGAGCGCCCCAUGCUGGGCCUGGGGACCUUUGUGUAGGGAAUGGGAAUCAUGUCGCAGGCCUGAAGUAGAUAUAGGUAGGAGGCAACUUCCACAAAAGCAUCCAACCUCAUUGUAAAGUUCACCGAGGGCUAGAAGUUCACCGAGCAAGGUGGUGCUUGCUUAGCGUGCUCGAGGUCCUGGGAGUGAUAGCGUUAGAUUAGAAACUGCUGGAAGUAUGUAUGGUUUUGUUCAGCCAACCAGAUGAUUUCUAGGCACUAGAUGCCCAUGUGCCUGCAUAUUUGUUUGCUUCUAGAAGGUUUUCAAACUCACAGAACUAACUGCCUUGUACUUUGCCUCUGGAUUGCAGUGCAGUCCUGCUCUGCCCUGAGAUGGUGGCAUUAGCAUUCCACCUGACAGCUGACGUAUGUGCUCUGACCCCGCCUCCGGUUCCAUUCUUAGUCACCAUUAGAUAACUGAGCUGCGGGCAGCCAUGGAGCAGUAUACCACAGCAGGACUCAACAGUGGCAGGCUCUUUAUGGCCAGAAAAACUGGGGUCUGCCUUAGCUCCGUCUACUGAAUACAGGAAGUUGGGCCCCCAGAAGCUGGGGUGCUGUUGUUUGGCAUCAGAGCAGUGGGACACAUUCUUGUUUGCGGCUUGAGAUUAAGGCCACAUCUUUAUGUGGCUUUAGCUCCAGUCCCCAGGGAACAUUGAUUUAAUACCUUGGACAAGCUUCUCCAGGCAGUGACAGACCGCUUGUCACAGGGUAGUGGCAAGGUUGUGGCUGUUGGAGGGCAGAGCUCUCUGCUCACUGAGCUGGAGCCUCCUCUUCUCAAAGGCCACCUAGCCUUCCUCCAUUCUAAUCAUCUGUGAAGAUUUGUACGGCUUAAGACAAAAUACACUUUCCAUAAUUGUUGAUUUUACUUUCUGUCCACAACCUCCAAUAAAACAACUUUCCAUCGAACGAG